AAAUCGCCGGCCUCGUUCUUUCCCCCAUUGAAAGAAAAGCGACAGGCCUCAAAAUCGCUGACCGCAUAAAAUGGAACCCUCUCUCUCUCUCUCUCUCUCUCGCGGAGCGAGCCGUGAGCGCUCCUGAAUCCAUACCGUGAAGAAUGGAUUUUUGGCUCUAGGUCCUCUGCCGCACCCCCAUCUUAUGGAAGAAGGGAAGUACAAAUCUAGGGCACCAAACUCCCUGAAGAAUGGAGGAGGAUUCCUCUUGGAGAUGCAACCGAACACUGCCAACAGCAGAAAGGCAUCGGAAUUCUCUCCUGCUGCUGCUGGUCCUCCUGUCCCACCGCCAUCCGCCCCCUCCUCCUCUCCUCUUCUCGAGCGCUUUAGGGCCUUCCUGAGGGAGAGGGAGGAGGAAAUGGGCGUCUCCUCCGAGGGUCCCAGCCAGGAGGAGAUCGUCGACCUCUACAGGCUGGCACUCUUGGAGCUCACCUUCAACUCCAAACCCAUCAUCACCGACCUCACCAUCAUUGCCGGGGAACAGUUGGCGUUCGGGAAGGGAAUCGCGGCGGUUAUCUGCUCCAGGAUUGUCCAGGUUCCUACAGAACAGAAGCUGCCUACAUUAUAUCUUCUGGAUAGCAUUGUAAAGAAUAUUGGUGGUGAUUAUAUUAGGUACUUUGCUGCCCGUCUUCAUGAGGUUUUCUGUAAAGCUUAUAGACAAGUAGAUUCAAGUUUGUAUCCUGCAAUGCGGCACCUUUUUGGAACAUGGGUUGGUUUUUUCCCAUCAAAUGUUCUGUGUGCCAUUGAAGCUGAUUUACAGUUUUCCCCAAUGAGAAGCCAGUCUUCUGGCUUGACAUCUUCCAGACCAAUAUCAGAAGCAAAUUCUCCUAGGCCAGCACAUGGUAUCCAUGUUAAUCCCAAGUACCUGGAAGCAAGACGCUGCAUUGACCAUCCAAACCUAGUACGUAAAGGCAGUCCUCAAAAUAGUGUGCAGAGCAGCUCUUUAGAAGAAGAAAGAUUAGAGGCAGAGACUACAGGAAGCCGAAAAGUGAAACAGCCUCAUGGGGCAGUCUUUUCCAGCAUACCUCAUGGAAAAGUGGCCUCUAUUGGACACAGAGAGUAUGAUUUUGACCAGGGAGAAGUCAGUUCUCAAAGAAUGGGAAUUGGAAAGGCAGACUUGCGGAGGAUGCCAAUGGAGACUGCACCUCCUAUUGGUGGAACUGAGAGGCUGGUUUCAUCAUCAAGAGUGAAGCUCACAAGGCCCCUUUCUCCUGCAAGGUCUUCUUCCCCACCAGAUGGUAGGACUACACUAACCAGGUCCCCGAGGAAAAUUAUAGUAGAGAAAGCAUCUCCGUCGCGGUCUCUACUUGGUAGUAGGACAAUUGAAGUGCGUAGCGACCAGAGAGAGUGGCAUGACAUGCAUUUGUCUUAUGGUGCCAAUCAGAUGACAGUAAGUUCUGCUGCAAUGUCCUCGGGUGGGCAGAGCAAUGGAUACAGUCAACACCGUAGACCCCUUCCAGGAGUGCUGACUGAUGCAUACGGGAACUACAGGGGAAAAGGUACCCUUCAUGGAAAGGUGUCAAAAAUUGAGCAAAUUGAUGUGACUGGCAUAAACAAUGGUCCAGCUACAAGAAGUUGGCAAAAUUCAGAGGAAGAAGAAUAUAUAUGGGAGGACAUGAGUCCAACUUUAUCUGAUCGUAGCAAGAAAAAUGAUCUAGCAUCAUCUGAGAGCACUUCUGUACGCACAAACACUUGGAUGAAUCUCCAAACAUCCAGCGCUCAAGCUCUUAAAGCUGGACUAAAUAGGGGCAAUCACCCUAGUCAGGAUUCACGGUCAUUUACAAAUGACCGUUUCAAUUUUGUGGAAGAGGGGAACCUUGUGCCAUAUCCUGGCCGUAGGUACAACAGCAGGGAGUCUCUUGGUACCAGACGUAGCAGGAAUGAACCACUGCCUCAUAUUCUGUCAUCUGGUGUAGGUGAAGAGCAUAGUACAUUAGUGCAUCGUUUUGGGCAGCCUCUGCAGCAGCAGCUUGAGCUGAAGGCAGGGAUGAGCAGCUUCCAGUUUGUGGGACCACUAGGUGGUGUUACUCAGUUAAGCGGUCAGCCAAACCCCUCUGCCAGCAGUCAUGUGCUUGAAACCAGUAUGUUAGACAGGUAUUCAAGGGCCCCUGCAAUGACAGGACCUUUACAAGUAGAAGGUUAUGGUUUGGAUAAACCGCCAGCAUCAUCUAGGGUGUUGACAACAGAGAAAUAUGUUGCACAAAGGCCACAUUCCCCCUCUGUUGCGUGGUCGCCUUCUCCUGCAGCACUCCCUUUGACUUCAGGUCAUGCUUCCAGGAUUUCUCAGCAAAAGAGUCAAUUUGAUUUGCUUGAGAUUAAAAAUUCACAGGCAAAUCAAGGUCAAAAUCCACAUUCAAUUAACCCUCUUCAGCGGGCUGAUGAUAUGGAGAAGAAGUCAGCCGCCUCAGUUAAGCUUCUGGAGUUGCCUUACCGGCAUCCUCUUUUGACACAGCCAAACCAUGCUGAUAGCGAGCAAGUUAUUCCCAUUCUUCCACCACAAGGAAGUUCUGUGUUUCCUGGGGGGCAACAUUUGUCUGUCCUUACCGCAGCACAUCCCAGAAAUCAGGGAACACUGCAAGAACAUGGAAACAUGGGUGUUUCACCUAUAAUUUCAGCACCUGGAAUAUCUCCAUUAUUUAUCCCAUCCACUGUUUCCUCAUCUCACAUUCUAGGAAAACCUCCGUUGCCUCCAGGACUGCCACCUUCCCUAUCACAAGUUGGACCUCCAUUGUUAAAUUCAGCUCCUAUCCUGCCCCAUCCACAAUCAGGAAAUUCACUUUUGGGCCAACAACCGGGGCAUGCACUUACUGGCCUUAUAAGUUCUCUUAUGUCUCAGGGAUUGAUUAAACCUCCAUCAGUAUUACAGGAGUUGAUUGGAUUGGAGUUUAAUGAACAAGUUCUGAGGGUUCGCCAUGAAUCUGCAAUCAAUGCACUCUAUGCUGACUUGCCAAGGCAAUGCACCACUUGUGGACUGCGCUUCAAAUUGCAAGAAGAACAUAGCAAUCACAUGGAUUGGCAUGUCACGAAGAAUCGUAUUUCUAGAAAUCGUAAACAAAAACAGUCACGUAAGUGGUUUGUAAGUGCUAAGGAAUGGUUAAGUGGAGCAGAGGGUGUGGGAGCAGAUGCUGUUCCUGCAUUUUUGCCUAUUGAAAUGGUUUCAGAAAAAAAGGAAGAGGAGAUGGCUGUCCCAGCUGAUGAAAACCAAAAUGUUUGUGCAUUAUGCGGGGAGCCUUUUGAAGAUUUUUAUAGUGAUGAAACUGAAGAAUGGAUGUACAAGGGAGCAGUGUACAUGAAUGCUCCUGAUGGAUUUAAGGAGGGCAUGGAAAGGUCCCAAUUGGGACCCAUUGUACAUUCCAAAUGCAGGUCAGAGUCUACAUUCCUCCCUCUUGAAGACGCUGAUGGGGUUGAGAUGGGGGAGGAUGAUAUACUGAGUAAUCAAAGGAAAAGAAUUCGGCUCUAGGUUAAUGCAGAUUCAACCCUCAUUUGUACAUUACUGGAGUCUAGACAGGGUUUUUUUGGCUCUUAAAAGGUUCUUUAUGGUUGAAUCUGCAAAAAUUUGCCUAAUGGCAAUCUUUGUGUCUGUAUAUUGGAUGUUGUACCCCCGGUUAUCCUUCAUCUAAGGAAAUCUCUCUCUCUCCC